AACGAGUUAACGGGCUGGCCUCUCUUCAAGUCUCUUAUUCUUCCAUCCGUCUCUUCCUCCAAACCCUAGUCCCCUCGAAACCCUAGCUGCUGCCGUCUGCCAGCGCCGAUGGGGGGGUCGCGGCGCAAGUUCAAGCGCUCCCACGCCAAGGUCCGCGUGGGUCUCCCGCGCAAGAAGCCCCGGGAGUUCAAGCCGGCCUUCGACCUGCCCGAGGCGCUCGCCGCCGCCGCCGGAGGUGGGGCCGGAUGGGACGCGGAGGGCAGCGUGAUGAAGAACUACGCCGCGUUCGGGGUGGUGGCCAACCCCAACCUCCUCGGCGCGCACGCCCGCGGCACCCCGCAGCUCGUCCAGAGCGCGCCGCUGCAGGCGCCCGACUUCGCCGCCGCGCGCGCACCCGUCCCCGAGUUCGAACCCAUCGACCCCGGCAGCGACCUCGAGUCCGAUGAUCUGAAAUCUGCACUUGGGAAGAAAAGGAAGGAUGGCAAAUCUGCACCUUUGCAACCACUAUCUAAGAUUCAACGUGUUUGCAUCGGCAGAUUGGUAGAGAAGUAUGGUGAUGACUACAAGGCUAUGUUCAUGGAUACCAAGCUGAACGCGAUGCAGCAUUCACUGUGUACAUUGAAGCAGCUGUGCGAAAGAUAUCACGUGGGUGGCAAGAACUUCAUCUAUCCACUGUAGUAUGGCCUGGACAUCUAUAGUUCAGUUUCUCAGUGUACUCUGUUCCUCCCACUACUAGAACAAGAUUUUUUUUGUCUAUCAAGAAGGUACUUGCGGAUUGCUCGAAUGUAACAGUGAGCUUGUUUCCUAUUGGAGAACUAUAGUCAGAUGUGCUGUUGGCAAUGCCAUGUGUCCUUGACCUCGAGUGGAAGUCAGAACUGUUCUGUACUUCUGCAUGUUAUGUUUUGUACUCGAAGUUUGGCAAUUGUGAUUACACACUACUCAUGAUGUGAUUUGGUCCCAA